GUGUGCUUCCGGUGUGAGGGGCGGGGCUGCAGCGAGCUGGACUGUAAACACUGGUUAGCUGUUAGCUCACCAGGCUAACCUGGUUCUCGUGCAGUGUUGUAACGUGAACAAGUGGUGUGCAACAGUAGAAGUAUGAUGGUUCUACUGGGAAUGGAAGAAAGCCAGACUCCAUGCUGAAAUCUGCCAAUCCUGACUUCUGUGGUCAGAUCGGAAGCAGGAACAGCUUGAAACGUCACUUUUAGACACAAACACUACUGAUGCCUCCGCUCCCCCCCUGUCCUCCCUGCGCCUCCUCGUCCCUCCUCUCCGCCUGCUGACAGCAGCCAUGUGGCAGGUGGCACACCAGCAGAGCGUGAAGCAUUAUGGGAUGUUGGAGGACUUUGUUUCCCUGGUAACCGAGGCCGUCCCACAGCUGCUGACGGACAGGCAGAGGAGUCUGCUGCUGCUGGCGCUCAGAGCCAAGGUGACCCUCUGUGACCCUGAAGCCGUCCACACCCGCCUGGACAAAAUCCACUCCAUCUCCGAGGCUACGGCUGAUGACGAGCUGGAUGACUGUUGUUCUGCUCUGUUGACUCUGACUGAUACGGAGAGUCCAGCUGACAGACAGCGCCUCCUGCAGGAGGUUUUCAACCAGAGUUUCGACUCCGCCCUCCAGUCUCUCGUAUCUGACUUCCUGUCCAGGAUCGAGCAGCUGUUCCCCGUGCCCGACUUCAAACAGGUGUCUUCUUGGCUCGAUGCUGCCCCUGGAGCUGUGGAGGACUGUCUGCAGGAGGCGGACAGGGACGAUCUGAGGGAGCUGCUGACCAAUCACAGCUGUCUGCUGGGACGAGCGGCCACCAUCGUGGGUCCUAACACAGAGAAGAUCCUCCUCUCAGCCUGGUCCCACCCCCUCCUCACCAAACCGACCAAUCCUGACCCUCCUCCCGUCGACACAGAGGUCCAGUCAGACCCGCUCUCUGCCGUGGGUGAUGCCAUCCAGCUGGACGUGGAGCUGGUCAAGGUGGAGGUGGUGGUGAUGGCGGAGGACGAGCAGGAGGAGGUGGAGGAGACUGUGAUUGGUGAGACCAUGUUGCCAGAGGAGCAGGAGGCGUCCAAUCAGAGCUCAGAGGAGGGUGGAGAUCAAUGUGACACACCACCUGUGAAUCUGGAGGUGGACAGGCUGAAGGACUCGCCUGGAAACUUUGUAGACCAAUCAGAAGACACAGUCGACCAAUCAGAACAGUCCUGCUCUGAGGUCACGGCCAACGCUCUGUACAGCAUUUCCCAUAAUUCUCAGCGGGUGGCUCACAAGUGUCCUCAGUGUGGCAAAUGUUUCAUCUACCGCUCUCAGGUGAUCCGUCACCUGCGUACCAACAAGUCCUGUGGCUCCGCUUUAACGGCGACCCGAGCUAUGAAUCUGCAGAUCCUGCCAGGUGACCCUGAGGAAGAGCCCCGUCCCCCAGAGCCACCCGUCCCAGGGCCCCGACCCUACAAGACCCACACCUGUUUCCAGUGCAACGCCACCUUCAGAACCAAAGCCGAGCUGCUGUCACACCAGCGCAGCCACCGUGCCCGCCCCGUCUACCAGUGCAGCCAGUGCGACAAAGAGUUCCGCCACCUGUCCAGCCUGUCCAAUCACAAGCAGACCCACAUGGACAAAGGAGGCUUCAUCUGCAGCAGGUGUGAUAAGGUGUUCGAGUCAGCCAAGGAGAGAGACGCCCACCGGCUGCAGCACCGGCUGCCGGACCUCACGUGCACGGUGUGCGAUCAGGCGUUCAGUUCUCAGACGCAGCUGCUGCGACACCUGCAGUCGCACUCUGUGGAGGGGGCGGAGCCAUGCUACAACUGCCGCUUCUGUGACCAGACCUUCUCAGGAGUGACCCAGCUUCGUAUCCACCAGCGCACACACACCUUCCGCUCGUACCAGUGUGACCAGUGCAACAAGACGUACGGCUCUCUGACCGGCCUCCACUCACACCAGGCGAGCCACAGCAGCGAGAGCCGCUUCCUGUGUCCGCAGUGCGGCAAACGCUUCAAGACACGCGACGGCCUGGAAGGCCACCUGAGGACGCACACCGGCGAGCGGCCCUACCGCUGCCCCUACUGCCCCAAAGACUUCACUGCGCUCGCCGGCCUCAACGUGCACGUGCGGCGGCACACCGGGGAGCGCCCGUACGUGUGCACGGUUUGCGGUAAGGGCUGGCCGUCUGGAGGAGACCUGCAGAAACACAUGAGGACUCACACAGGUGAACGUCCGUACGUCUGUCAGGACUGUGGGAAGGCCUUCUCCAUCUCCUGUCACCUGACCGAACACCGGAGGAUACACACAGGGGAGAAGCCCUUCUCGUGUCCAGAAUGUGGAAAAUGUUUGAGGAGGAAGUUCGAUCUGAAGAAACACAUGUUGUCUCACAGCAGCGUUCGUCCGUACGCCUGCGUUUACUGUCCCAAGAGCUACACACGCAAAACUCACCUGAACAGACACCUGCUGACACACAGGACUGCUGACAGCGAGGCGGUGGUGGCGGAGUCCGCCACCGACGCCACAGACUGACCCACCAGCGACAUGAUGACUGUGACCACAGGAGGCUGACUCUGUUGGAUCGACGUCCGUAUUUGUUUGGUUUUCAACACUUAACGCUAUUUACAUUUGAAAAACUGAUGAUUCACGUGACAGGACUGAGCUGUGAUUUAAUGAUGUCAUCGAUGAUGUCAUGUAUGUGUCAUCAUGCAUGUGUUUACUGCUUCAUAAACAAACAAACGUAAAGAAUAACUGUUAUUUUCUUGUGUUUGUUGAUGAAAUCAGCACCACUACCAGACGAGGUGAAACUGAGCGUCCAAUGGGAGACUUGUGUUUGUGUUGCCAUGGAGAUUUUGUAUCUGUGCUUUGCCUAUAUAAAAGCUGUGGUGUUUAAUAUUC